AAGCAUUUUGAGCUCGGUGUCAUCAUCAAAAGCCUUCGCCAAGCUGCACUCAAAAGUUCUCAUGGCUUACGGUCUUCAUCAGCUCUUGUUGGCUACCGUGUGCGGCCUGUCUCUGGCUUCCUCUCCGAAUCUUCGAGCUUCGAUCAACGUCACGGAGGCUUUUGAGAGGAAUUUCACCAUGGGAAAUGCGUCUGCGAGACAUUUGUGGGCUCCGCCACCCAAAAAGAACGGCUACAGGUAUCUCGCCACAACCACCCGCUACGGGACAAAUCCAUUCACUGCCUGUGGCUUGGAUUCAGGUGCUCUUGUCAAAGGUACGGACUACCUCGCCGUAGCCUCGGCUCAGGCGAUGCAGGAUGGUUGCUGCCGAUGCAAUCGCAAUGGUGGAGGCGGAUCCACCGCGAGCCUCGGCUGCGGAUCUUGCGGUAAGGGCCGCUUCAUUCGACAGCUGCCUCGGGGAUUUCACAUUUGGACUCCAGAAUCCAGUCCGAUCUUCCAUGAGGAGUACAAAUUCGUUGUGGUUGAUAUUUGCCCUCAUUCUGACAAUUCGAUGUGGUGCCCACGAAGCGCUGAACAGACCAACACCUUUGGAGUCCACAAUCACCUGGACUUUGCUACGGUCCCGAAGAACUUCGACAACUUCUACUUCGAGUUCACUCCAGAACCUUGUGACCAGGAAAUGAAGUCUCGCCUUGCACGCAUGUCUGACUGCAACUUGUGAUGUGGCUUUUUGGGCUGGGAUGCUGCCAAUGUGGCUGCGUGGCCGUCCUCAGUGGACCAAGACAAAGCAUCGUACAAAAGUGAGAGAUCAACGAAGAGAAGAGGUACGACGAUGAAUAUUGUCCAGGGAAACCUGGUUACUUGGAUUUCAAGAAAAUAUGGCAUAGUUUCUUCAUUCACUCUUUGAGGCAUGACGUGGCUGACGCACUUUUCAGCCGGCUGAUAGUGGGAAAUGGUUUUUGAUCAUGACAACCCGGACUCGAUUCAAUGAAUCGAGUAUAUAUCUUGUCCAUGUGCUUCGGGCUGAUGCAACACCAGAAGCCCAGCGUGCACCAAUCCUUAAGUUUUGAUGGCUUGGUCUUGGCUCCGUGAAGCUCUCUGAAGUCUGC